AUGCGUCCUCUUCCACCGGCACCGGACCUGCCUGACUUGGCCGAAGUCCUUCGCAAAGCUACCGUUGAAGGUAUUAGGCAGGGUAUCGCCUGGGCUAAGAAGGAUAAGGAAGAAGAAGAGAGCCGCUUGGAGAUUAAGCGUGAACGGGAUCAAUCACCGGAAAGUCUGUUCGUUACGCAGGACAAGAAUACUAAGACGGACACUCAUGUCGCCGUAACCACACUCUCCUCUGGUCCCUUUGCAGGCUUACUUUCAGCGAAGAAGCGUGUCCGUGAAGAUACCGAUCUAGAGGAAGAAUCCAUGGCUAGCUAUGGCUCAGCAGGAAAACUGGGCAAGAAAGCGCACGAUAUGGCGGCCAAGGCUAAAGCUUGGAGUGCUGCCGCCGACGGAGGAUAUCUCGUCGAGAAUGGUAAACCUGAUAUCACUGUACGCAAGACCAGCUAUCAGACUUCUCGGGAUCUUUCCCCCUCGUCUAACUCUAAACCGUCGCAGCCGCCAACAGAUCCAUCUCUCGAGCAGAAGUAUGGCUCGAAGGAGAUGGCCUUGGACGUAAGCAUCCGGUUCCUUAGUGACGUACUCGGACGCGAGCUAAGAAAGGGCCAUUACACAGGCCGAGGAAUUCUCGGAAAAGGCCCCUUCUCAGUUGUGUGCGGAAGAUCAAGAACACUGGCAGAGACUCCGCCCAGCCUUACUCAGAUAAGGCGAAGCCUUCGGGGUCUGCAGGAAGUCUCGAAUGGCACCCGUGCCAGAUUUAAGAUCUUCGAUCAUAAGAUCCAACCUAAGGGCAGAUGUGCCGCACAAAUCUCUGGACAGAAGACUAGACAGAAGACUAGGCAGAAGAACGGGGAUCGAGUCUAG